AUGUCCUUUCAGCCGGCGUUCAACGCCAGGCUGAUUGCCGAGGUGAAGAAGUACCCAUGUCUAUACAAUCACGCCAAGCGUGGAAGCGGGGAUACGCUGGAGCGGAUGCGAAUAUGGGAAAAAAUUGCCGCCGACGUUGAUAGCAAUUGUUCCGGUGACUUUGCCAAAAAGCGCUGGCUACAGUUGCGAGAUCGAUAUCGUAAAGAACUGAAGACCGCGAUUAAGCAGAAUUUUGUCUCACCCGUUCGAUGGUGUUACUUUUCACACCUAUCGUGGCUCGAUCCUUACCUGAAGGAUAACCUGGUGUUGACCUCUUGCGAAAGUUACGGCGAAAUCAAGGAUGAGUACGGUGUGGAUUACGGUAUCAGCUCGGUGAAGACCGAACCAGAUGACUCUGAUGGCGGCCAUUCUUCGUCCAUGAUGGAAUCCUCCGUGAUUGACCGCCUGCUAGCGUCGACUCAUCAACUCGCAGGUUCCCAGAAAGGUGAGUAA